AUGGAGGGCGCCCGGAACGCGACGACUGCCACCGCGGCGAGGCCUCUGAAGAGGCAGGUCGUGCUGUACCCGACGCCGGGGAUGGGCCACCUGUUCGCCAUGGUGGAGCUCGGCAGGGCGCUCGCGGCGGGGGGGCUCGCCGUCACCGUGGUCGUCGUCGACCCGCCCUACGACACGGGCGCCCCGGGGCCGUUCCUCGCGGGCGUCUCCGCGGCCAACCCGUCCAUCUCCUUCCACCGCGUCCCCAAGGCCGACGACCUCCCGCCCUUGGCGUCCAAGCACUACGAGGCGCUCAUCGUCGAGGCCGUCCGCGCCGCCAACCCUCACCUCCGGGCGCUCCUCGCCUCGGCCGCGUGGCCCACCCGGCCGGCCGCCCUCGUCGUCGACAUGUUCUCGGGCGCCGCGCUCGACGUCGCCGGGGAGCUCGGCGUGCCUGCCUACUUCUUCUUCACCUCCGGUGCCGCGUGCCUCGCCUUCUUCCUGCACCUCCCGGUCCUGCACGCGCGGACCGCCGCGAGCUUCCGGGACAUGGGGGACGAGCUCGUGCGCGUGCCGGGCGUCCCGCCGUUCCCGGCGACGCACGCCAUCCACGCCACCAUGGACCGCGGCGACGCGGCAUACGGCGCCUUUAUGGACGCCGCCGCCGCGCUCCGCCGGUGCCGGGGCGUCAUCGUCAACACCUUCCGGUCCCUCGAGCCGCGCGCCGUGGACGCCGUCGCCGCGGGCCGCUGCGCGCCGCCCGGCCAGCCGACGCCGCCGGUCCACUGCGUCGGGCCGCUGAUCAAGUCGCUGGAGUUCGCCGAGGGCGGUGCUGGCGCAGAGUGCCUGCCGUGGCUGGACCAGCAGCCCAACGGCAGCGUGGUGUUCCUCUGCUUCGGCAGCAUCGGCCGGUUCAGCGCGGAGCAGACGAGGGAGCUCGCCGCCGGGCUCGAGGCCAGCGGGCAGCGGUUCCUGUGGGUGGUCCGGGCGCCGCCCGGCGACGGCGACGGCGACCCGGCGAAGAAGUUCCGGAAGCAGCCGGAGCCGGACCUGGGCGCGCUGCUCCCGAACGGCUUCCUCCGCCGGACCAGGAACCGGGGCCUCGUCGUCAGGUCGUGGGCGCCGCAGCGCGACGUGCUGGCGCACGGGUCCGUGGUCGGGUUCGUGACGCACUGCGGGUGGAACUCGGUGCUGGAGGCGGUGACGGCCGGCGUGCCGAUGCUGGGCCUGCCGCUGCACGCGGAGCAGCGGAUGAACCUGCUGCUCCUGGAGAAGGAGCUGCGGCUGGCCGUGGCGUUGGAGGGGUACGACGGCGGCGUCGUGGCGGCGGAGGAGGUGGCGACCAAGGUGCGGUGGCUGAUGGACUCCGACGGCGGCACGGCGCUCCGGGAGCGCACGCUCGCGGCCAUGGCGCAGGCCAGAGAGGCGCUGCGCCAGGGCGGCGAGUCGCAGGCCGCACUGGCGGGACUGGUAGACUUGUGGAGGAGCUCCUGAGUCCUGAGAGUCCAGUGGCUAGCUGGUCUGGUCACGAGGUACGGAAUCUCUUGGAUCGUGUUAUAUUAUCGGAGCUGAUUAACACGAGAGAUAAAAGUUAUAUUA